AUGGCCGACAUCAGCUUUGGCGGCACCGACGAGGAGAACGCCGAGCUUAGGAAGCUCAACGCGGAAGUACUUGCGAACGCUGAUGAAUUCGAAUCAUGGGAGAAGCUCGUCCGCGCAGCCGAGUCGCAGGAAGGCGGCCUGAACCGAAACUCGAGCCCGCAAGCAAUCGCAUCUGCACGCAAUGUCUACGACCGUCUCCUUGCACGAUUCCCUCUCUUCUUCGGGUACUGGAAGAAAUAUGCCGACAUCGAAUUCUCCAUCGCGGGCACUGAGGCAGCCGAGAUGGUCUACGAACGGGGCGUCGCCAGCAUCACCAAUUCUGUAGAUCUUUGGACGAACUACUGCGCCUUCAAGGUCGAGACUAGUCACGACUCGGACUUGAUUCGAGAAUUGUUCGAAAGAGGCGCCAACUGUGUUGGCCUUGACUUCUUGGCGCAUCCAUUUUGGGACAAGUACGUCGAAUUUGAAGAGCGCCUUGAAGCUCAGGAUAGAAUAUUCGGCAUCCUGACCCGUGUUAUCCAUAUCCCGAUGCAUCAGUAUGCACGAUACUUUGAGCGGUACCGUACCCUCGCCGCCUCACGUCCAAUCAUCGAGCUCGCCCCUUCGGAUGUUGUCGCGCAGCUUCGUUCCGCCAUCAGCAUGGAUCCUAUGCUUAGCGGGAGGGGUGAUGCAGAGCUGGAACGGGAACUACGGACACGGAUCGACAACUUUCAUCUCGAGAUCUUCAACCGAACCCAGACCGAGACAACCAAGCGGUGGACGUAUGAGCAGGAGAUCAAGCGGCCGUACUUCCACGUUACGGAUCUUGACGAUGCUCAGCUCACGAAUUGGCGGAGAUACCUGGACUUCGAGGAGUCUGAAGGCGACUAUCAGCGCGUCGUCUUCCUAUACGAGCGGUGUCUAGUCACGGCAGCGCUCUACGACGAGUUCUGGCUGCGUUAUUCCCGAUGGAUGCUUGCUCAACCUGGAAAGGAAGAAGAGGUGCGCAAUAUCUAUCAGCGUGCCAGCUGUUUGUACGUUGCAAUAGCAGAACCGUUGGUCCGGCACCAGUACGCGCUCUUUGAAGAGAUGACCGGCAGGGUGGAUGUUGCGCGGGCUAUCUAUGAAGCCAUCCUCAUCAACAUUCCUGGACAUAUCGACACGAUUAUCAUGCUAGCCACUUUACAACUUCGCCAUAGCGGCCUUGAAGCAGCCAUCGCAACAUACCGAGAACAGAUUGAGUCCCCUUCGCUUGACACGCAGACCAAGGGUGCUUUGGUGAGCGAGUGGGCGCGCCUGCUGUGGAAGAUUGAGGAUCUGCCGGAAGAGGCUCGACAAGUCUAUCAGAAGAACCAGCACUGGUAUCUUGACGUUGAGCGGUUCUGGAUCAACUAUUUCAUGUUCGAGCUUGAGCAGCCGACAAACUCCAAGACAAAGUCCGCGCACCAUGCUCGCGUCAAGGGCGUCCUGGAUCAGGUGCGGCAGAAGUCGCGCAUCCCUGCGCAGGCUGUACACCUCAUCUCCGAUCACUACAUGAACUAUCUCCUCGAGCGCGGGAUCCCGAAUGCUGCCAAAGAGCGCUUGCUCUUGGACAAGGAAAUCAAUGGCACAAAGCUACUGAGGACGGGAGACCGGGCUCAAUGA